AUGGCGACGCGGAAUAGGACCUUUUUGUAUCGAAAGUAUAGAGAUGCAUUAAAGAGCGUUCGAGUUCCGACGGGGUCUUCGCCGUCCUCGUCAAGCUCCGGCGGACCAGUGAUCGAAUUGGCGACGACGACGUUGCUUAAUCAGAAUCGCUCUUAUGCUCCUCUCAGUACUGAGGAUCCCGGAACUUCCAG